AUGGCUAUAGAAGUAGGGAUAGGUGGCGGAAGAACGGAGCCUCAAGAGAGCAGACGUCUCAGUUUAUUGUGUGUGUAUAUGUCAUGUCAGGUGACCUAUCGGGCCGGUUCUAAAACAGCAACAGGCUUGAGACCAAUGGUAGAGCUCGCUUUGGCCAUUGCGAAGCCACACUCAGUUGUACUGUAUAUGCACCCCCUGUCCGCCAUCAGGCAGAUACAUUCAAAUAUCAACCUCUUAAUCACUGCUGAGGCCUUUUUCUAG